CUGCUGCACGAUGCCGGGCGUGCCCUGAUUGCUGCGGCUGCGGAUCUGCCGAACACUGCGGAGACCGCGCAAGUCCGGCAUCUGCAAGAAACAACAGACUUCUUCGCGGUGGAAACGAACUAUUGCAAUCGUGUAGGAGAAACCUGGGAAACGGUACGGCCGACGCAACUACGCAGGACGCCUCUGGAUUCCCGUAGCGUAACAGGCACCAUUCCAGCGGACCGCAGAGUGCGCGUCACCCGACUUUCGCCUGUCGGCACAGCAGGUCGCAUUUGUGAGGUGGAAGAUAUGACGGAUCCGAAAAUUCGUGGCUGGGUCGAGGUGUGGGCCCCGAGCGCUUCGUCAGCGGGGGCUUCUGCGGCUGCCGCUCAGCAGCAGGUAAUGGCAGAUCGCGAGAAGGCGGACGCGAUCGGACUUUCGCAGGCAGGUACAUCAGCUGGCACAGAGGAACCCUUUGGUAACAACGAGGAGGGCUCUCAGGACAAGAAUCUUUGGAACCCAAACGCUGGAGAUUCGCACCACAAGCAUUGGGGCAUUGACGUUCUCACGAACCCCG